UUGGUAAGUUAUCUCUUCAAUUCUUCACUUUAGAAAUUGGUGUAGAUGCCCAAUCACUAAUGGGUUUAUUAGGUUUUAGUUUUUCCACAGUUUCACUCACUCCUUCACUCGCUUCCUCUCCUCCCUCUCUCCCUCUCCUUCCUUGUCAUCUUCCUUCCCUCUCUCAUCCUUUCGCCAGUUGAGUCUCUCCCUUUAUCUCUUUCUCUUUGCAUUUAUAGCUCUUAAAAAACUGAUUUGGUGUGUUUUUUCUUCUUGUUUAUGUUUUUCUUUUUGUGGAUUUGUGUAAUUGUGCAGGAAGGAGUUUAGUGUUACGUGUACGAAAUCUUGGGUAUAAGAGUGAAUCACAACUUUUUGAGUUGAUGGAACCGGGGAAGGCGAUAUCAUCUGAGCUUAAUCGGAAUCUUUAUGAACCAAUUGAGCCGUAUAGUACUGGUUUUUUUAAGGUUUCUGAUCUUCACACUAUCUACUAUGAGCAGUCCGGAAAUCCCAGCGGGCAUCCGGUUGUCUUUCUUCAUGGAGGCCCUGGAGGAGGAACCACACCAAGUAAUCGUAGAUUUUUCGAUCCAGAAUUUUACCGAAUAAUUCUAUUUGAUCAGAGGGGUGCAGGAAAGAGUACACCUCAUGCUUGCUUAGUGGAAAACACCUCAUGGGACCUCAUUGCUGACAUUGAAAAGCUAAGAGAACACUUGGAGAUUCCAGAAUGGCAGGUAUUUGGUGGGUCAUGGGGAAGUACACUAGCUCUUGCAUACAGUCAAGCUCAUCCUGACAAGGUUACUGGCAUGGUCCUCAGAGGGAUCUUUCUUCUGCGAAAGAAAGAGAUUGAAUGGUUUUAUGAGGGUGGUGCUGCGGCUAUUUACCCUGAUGCUUGGGAACCAUUUAGAGAUCUUAUCCCAGAAAAUGAAAGGGGAUGUUUCAUUGAUGCUUACAGCAAGAGGUUGAACUCUGAUGAUAUGGAAACACAAUACGCAGCUGCUAGAGCAUGGACCAAAUGGGAAAUGAUGACUGCCCAUCUUCUUCCAAAUGAAGAGAACAUCAAGAGAGGGGAUGAUGAUGAUUUUUCUUUGGCAUUUGCAAGGAUUGAAAACCAUUACUUUGUGAACAAGGGCUUCUUUCCAUCAGAUUCUUUCCUAUUAGACAAUGUUCACAAAAUAAGGCAUAUAAAUACUACAAUUGUACAGGGAAGAUAUGAUGUUUGUUGUCCUAUGAUGUCUGCUUGGGAUCUUCACAAGGCUUGGCCAGAGGCAGAUUUUAAGGUUGUUGCAGAUGCAGGACAUUCUGCUAAUGAACCCGGCAUAGCUGCAGAACUUGUGGCUGCAAAUGAGAAGCUCAAAAACAUUAUAAAGAAUGGAUCCUGAAAGGAGAGGUGCACGAAGCUGUCACGGUGUAAGAUCACAAGCAGAUACUGCGACAGAUCCUUAGGGACAUGAGUUGCUAUCAACUGAGAAGUUUGAUGCAUGCUUUUAGCCGAACAGAAUAGAUCUUGAAAAUAAUGAGGAACUGUGUUAUUCCCUAGUAUGUCUUGCUUUCUUCAAUGGAAGGGUGGAUUUUCCUAGUUGGUGUUGAAUCUUCAAUCCGUCUACCUGCUUUGCUUACUCAAACUGUGAGAAUAAUAACAAUGUAGAUGCUUGAAGGAUCUGUGAAAUUAUAUGUCAAGUAAUGUCCAAAGAGGUCGCGAAUGAUCUCUCUCUCUUGAUAUCCUGGUAAAUUAUAAUCCCAUGGUGGUUUUAUUUUUUA